AUGGAUGUUCAGAAAUCUAGAGACACACCCACAACCAUUUUGAUGCUUCCAUGGAUUGGCUAUGGCCAUCUCUCUGCCUACUUGGAGCUAGCCAAAGUUCUCUCUAAAAGGAACAACUUCCUCAUCUACUUCUGUUCAACUCCUGUUAAUCUUGACUCAAUUAAACGAAAGGUAGUUCCUUCUUCUUCUUCCAUUCAAUUUGUGGAGCUUCAUCUUCCUUCUUCUCCUGAAUUUCCUCCCCAUCUUCACACAACCAACGCCCUUCCCCCUCGCCUUACGCCCACCCUCCACAAAGCCUUCGCUGCGGCUGCCUCACCCUUUGAGGAAAUUUUACAAACACUUUGUCCGCAUCUCCUCAUUUAUGACUCUCUACAGCCAUGGGCACCACAGAUAGCCUCCUCCCUCAAUAUUCCCGCUAUCAACUUCAAUACGACCGCAGCUUCCAUCAUCUGUCAUGCUCUUCACAAUAUCAACUACCCUGAUACUAAAUUCCCACUCUCAGAUUGGGUUCUUCAUAAUUACUGGAAAGGCAAAUACACGACCGCCGAUCCAACCAAUUCAGAAAGAAUCCGCCGAGUUAGAGAAUCGUUUCUGUAUUGCUUGAGUGCUUCUCACGAUGUAAGUCUGAUCAAUAGCUGCAGAGAGAUUGAGGGAGAAUACAUGGAUUACCUCUCUGUUCUGUUGAAAAAGAAAGUAAUCGCGGUUGGUCCUUUGGCAUACGAGCCAAGAGAGGACGAGGACGAGGAAGAUGAAGAUUAUUCAAGGAUCAAGAAUUGGUUGGACAAAAAGGAAGUCUCAUCGACGGUUCUGGUAUCAUUCGGAAGCGAAUACUUCCCGUCGAAACAAGAAAUGGAAGACAUUGGGAACGGGUUAGAAGAGAGUGGAGCUAAUUUCAUAUGGGUGAUUAGGUUUCCGAAAGGAGAAGAGAAUAGGAGGGUUGAGGAGGCGUUGCCGGAGGGAUUUGUGGAGAAAGCGGGAGAAAGGGCAAUGAUACUGAAAGAUUGGGCGCCUCAGGGGAAGAUAUUGAAGCAUCGGAGCAUCGGAGGAUUUGUGAGUCACUGUGGAUGGAAUUCGGUGAUGGAGAGUAUAUUGCUUGGAGUACCUGUAAUAGGUGUACCGAUGCAUGUGGAUCAGCCAUAUAACGCCGGACUAGUGGAAGAAGCAGGGCUGGGAGUGGAGGCGAAGCGAGAUCCCGACGGCAGAAUUCAGAGAGAGGAAGUAGCAAAGCUGAUAAGAGAAGUAGUAGUGAACAAAAACAGAGAAGACUUGAGGACGAAGGUAAAGGAAAUGAGUGAGAUUUUGAGGAGUAAAGGAGAUGAGAAGAUUGAAGAGAUGGUAGCUCAAAUUUCUCUCUUGCUUAAAAUAUAA